GAAUAUGGUGUCUGUAAUAAAUCCUGGAACUGGACGGGCCAGUCGUGACUUGCACCAGGUGCUGUGGGCUCUUUAAAUGCAGGGCGAAGAGCAGAUUUCCGGUCGUCCAUGGAGCGGAUUACGGCUUCAGCGCUGCGUCUGAUACUACUACAUCAUCUCAGCUGAUCCGGAGGAUUCCCUCUGCAGGAAAACGAACCAGCCCUGCCUUUAUGCUCCCCUCAACACGGCGCCAUGGAUUUCAACGUCAAAAAACUGGCUUCCGAUGCAGGGGUCUUCUUCACCCGGGCUGUGCAGUUCACAGAGGAGAAGCUAGGCCAGGCUGAGAAGACAGAGCUGGAUCCUCACUUAGAGAACCUGAUCACUCAGGCUGAUGGCACCAAAAACUGGACUGACAAGAUCUUAAGACAAACAGAGGUUCUCCUGCAGCCCAACCCAAUUGACCACACUGGUGCUCGAAUAGAGGAGUUCAUCUACGACAAGCUGGACAAGAAGCUUCCCUCCAGGGCGACCAAUGCAGAACUGCUGGGCCAGUACAUGCUGGAAGCUGCCGGUGAAUUUGGUUCGGAGACACCGUACGGAAGUACCCUGAUCACCGUAGGCGAGUACCAGAAGAGACUAGGAGGAGCUGAACGUGAGCUCCUCCAAACCUCAGCUGUUACCUUCCUCACCCCCCUUCGCAACUUCCUGGAAGGAGAUUGGAGGACUAUAUCUAAAGAGAGGCGACUUCUGGAGAAUCGACGUUUGGAUCUUGACAUCUGCAAAGCCCGUCUGAAAAAAGCCAAGCAAGCAGAAGCCAAGGCAACGGCUGCACCUGAUUUUCAGGAGACAAGGCCUCGAAAUUAUGUGCUUUCUGCCAGUGCAUCAGCGCUGCUGAGUGAAGAAGUGGACAAAGCAGAGCACGAGCUUCGUGUUGCUCAGACUGAAUUUGAUCGUCAAGCUGAGGUCACCAGGCUGCUGCUGGAAGGAAUUAGCAGCACACAUCUCAACCACCUGCGUUGUUUGCAGGAUUUCGUAGAGGCUCAGGCAACUUACUAUGCCCAGUGUCAUCACUACAUGCAGGACCUUCAGAAGGAGCUCAGCAGAUGUGCUAAUGCUGUUGGCAGCAGCCACCCCUCUGGUGAUGUCUGUCCUAUCCCCAUCUCCUCCUCAUCCAGCCAAAAGCCCAGUGCGCUGGCUAUGGAGCAAACACAGAUCACUGUCACAGGUGCAAGAAAGGCCAAGGUCCUGUAUGACUACGAUGCCCACGAUUCCAGUGAGCUUUCCCUGUUGGCUGAUGAGCUCAUAGCUGUAUACACUGUACCAGGAAUGGACCCUGAUUGGUUGGUUGGAGAACGGGGAAAUGAAAAGGGCAAAGUUCCUGUCACCUACCUUGAACUGUUGAGUUAAUGGAUCAAACAACAGGACACACACACACACACACACACACACACACACACACACACACACAUUACACUGACUUAACAUUCAUUUCCUUGAGACUUACCCUAUCCCUAGUAAUAACUGCUACUUGCCUACCCUUAACCUAACACCUAAACUUAACCUUAAACCAAGUCAUGACUCUAAAAUGCAGUGAUUUAAAUGGUGGGGAUCAGCAUCUUGUCUCCACAUUGUGCGUGUGUAAACUUUUUUCAGUCCCCGCGCUGUGAGUAAAUCCAGGCACACAAACACACACACCCACUCUCUUGCAGAAACCUUUGUCUUCUAUCAUCCAUCCAUCCAUUUUCCUCCGCUUAUCCGGGACCGGGUCGUGGGGGCAGUGCAGUUUGGGUGUUUUUGUUUGAAAACUGAAACUCAAGUCUUGUCAACUCAUGGUUGUGUUUUUUACACAAAGCAUUCAUGUGGCAUUGAAAGACAAUAUAAUAUAUUAAACAAUAAUUCU